UUAAAAUUGAAAGAGUUCCGUGUGCCAGAUGAUUAAAUUUUCCUUCUUCUUCUUCUUUGUCGUCUUUUUUUGGCUUAUAAUUCAAGACUGAAAAUCGAAGCUCGAAUUCCGUCGCCAUAAUAUACAGCGAAAAGUGAAACUUGUGUGGCUUUUGUUUUGACCAUUAAUCAUUUGAUUGCAUGUGGUGUACUGUAUGGAGACCAAUGAUGGUAGAGUUGUAUAUUCUUCGCUUUCUAAGAUAGAAAAAAGGGAGAAUGGUCAAUUUCAUUAUGAGGAUGAUGACUAUAGAGAACCUGUAUGGGAUGUGUUGGAAGACAAGAAAACCUACCCAACAGGCAUAAAAUCCUCCAAAAAAGAUUAUACAUACCAGUUUCCACUUCAAUCUGAAGACUUUAUUCAUGAAGGAUAUGAUUCAGGUGAGGAUCAAUGUUACUCUAUGCAAAGUAAUAAUAUGCCUCCUGAGGUGAACUUGAAAAAUGUGAUGAAUGGGAUAUUUGCAAUCAUAACUGGGCGGAACAAAGCUCCAAGUGUUUCCACGACUCAGCAAGAGUCCAGUUCAAAUGUUUCAUUUCUUGGAUCUGGGAAGAAUGGGGAUACAUACUUGCACUCCUCGGUGUACACACCGAGUGCGCCACCCCUUCUUGGGUCCGAUGGGAUUAGAUACAGUGCUUACAAAGAGGUUUUGGAAGCUGAUCCACCAGAGUGGCUUCCUGAUAGUUCUACUACCGUGUGCAUGCAGUGCACUGCUCCUUUUACAGCGCUCACGCUUGGUAGACAUCAUUGUCGGUUUUGUGGAGGGAUUUUCUGUAGAACAUGCACUAAGGGGAGGUGUUUGUUACCUGUGAAGUUUAGGGAGCGGAAUCCUCAGAGGGUGUGUGAUGCCUGCUAUGAUAGACUUGAUCCUUUACAAGGAAUUCUUAUUAACUCUAUUAGCAAUGCUGUGCAAGUGGCAAAACAUGAUGUUGUGGAUUGGACAUGUGCAAGGGGAUGGCUUAACCUUCCAGUUGGUUUGUCAAUGGAAUAUGAGAUAUACAAAGCUUCUAAUACAUUAAGAAACUACCGACAGGUUGCUGCAUUGAAUUCUGAGAGGUCAAUACCCUUAGCUGUUCUGAAAGGAGCCAAAGGCCUUGCAAUCUUAACGGUUGCUAAAGCCGGUGUGCUAGUUUCUUACAAACUUGGCACUGGUUUGGUUGUUGCUAGAAGGUCAGAUGGCUCCUGGUCUGCUCCAUCAGCCAUAUUCUCAGCUGGUUUAGGGUGGGGUGCUCAGAUUGGGGGUGAACUCAUGGACUUCAUAAUUGUACUCCAUGAUUCAAAAGCUGUGAAGACAUUUUGUAGUCGCAUGCAUUUUUCUCUUGGUGCUGGUUGCAGUGCUGCGGCAGGGCCGGUUGGGAGAGUGCUGGAAGCAGAUGUUCGGGCCGGAGACAGAGGUUCUGGCAUGUGCUAUACUUACAGUUGUAGCAAAGGUAAUUUUUAUUGCUAAUGGCAAGUUUAUUAA